AUGUCCAGGGCCCUGCUCCCCCGCGGCCUGCCCGCCACAGGCCUCCACGGCCACCAUGGGGCACCAUACUCCUGCGCGUUGCCAUGGGGAUACCGGAGGGAGGGGGGAAUUCAGCCAUUGCGCAAGCGCAGUCAGUGCCUCCUGGUGGCCACCGACCCCGACCCUUGGCACCCUCUCAGCGACGGCCAGCGCACCCCCGGGACAGGCAGUCUCACAGCAGCAGUGGAAACUGCCUCUGGCCGCAAGGCACUGGUGGUGGGGAAGCCAAACACAUACAUGUUUGAUUGCAUCGUGGAGCGUUUUGGUGUAGACCCUUCUCGCACCCUCAUGGUGGGAGACCGUCUGGAGACAGAUAUCCUCUUCGGCAAGAACUGCGGCCUCUCCACCAUCCUUACCCUGACAGGUGUCUCCCGCCUGGAAGAGGCACAGGCCUAUAUGGCCAGUGACAGCGCUGCUGCCAAGGAUCUGGUGCCCAAUUACUAUGUGGACAGCAUUGCGGACUUGAUACCAGGCCUGGAUGAUUAGUGUUCAUUACAUGUGAGGAGAAAGGGAUUGGGUUCCUUAUCCCAGAUCUCCAUCUGUUCCCAUUUCUCUCUGUGCUCUAUUUCCUCAAUUCCUGUUUUUUUUCACACUCCAGUACCCUUCUUCAGGGACAAAGGGGGUGGGGGAAGGAGGGGAUAAUGCUCAAGUUGUCUCCUUUCUGCUGAAAGCUAUCCACUAUAGACAGAAUCCUUCUCUCCCUCUUACGCCAGCUGCUAGCAUAUCUGAAAGAGAGCUGGAGACCUUGAGGCUGACAGGGGAGCCAAAUCAGAGUCUGUUUGUGGCUUUUCCCCCUGCAGUGGUUAGGGACCGGCUGUCGUAUUCGUAUUUCUCUUAGAUAACCAGUGGCGGCCUUUUACUGCUGUCCCUUCACUCGUAUAACUUGUGAUUUCUGAGCUGCAGCCCCUGUACUCUUUGUGGUAACUCCUUCCUUGCCAGGGGAGUAGUUGUCUUGUCACCCAUCCUGUCUCCAUCAGUGCCAGAGCCUGCGGAAGGAGCAUGUCAGGGCUCUGGAGCAAAGACUGAGAGCAUCUCUGCCUCCGGCAAUCACAAAUGAAAGGGAGCAUCAUCUCUUCUCUCCCCUGUUCUUCAGAGAUGUUUCCGCCCCCACACCCAGCCCUGGCUCAGCUAAUAACUAUGCCAGUGUCUGUUAGAGGACUGUAGAAAGGGAAGAAAGACUGUCCUUUUCUGUGCCAAACAAUUCAGGCAAGCUGUGAUUGUGCACAGUGGUUCAGUGAUUGUACCUUUCUCCUCCACCCCAGGCACCCUCUUCCAAGUGGCUUAGGAAGGGGAGAGGGCUUCUAGACCAAGAAAGCAAAGCUGUGGUGAACUACAUUGCUCUCCCCUUUCCCCCUCCUCAGUGGAUUUUGCCACAGUAUGGUGAGAGAAAAGGGCUGAUGGGGGGGGGGGGGGGG